AUGCUUCUGUGCACACCGGCCACCGGACGGGCAUUCACCACAUCGUACCAGCUCAUGUCGACCAAUCUGCGUCCGAUCCGCCCUCGUGGGCAUUCCGAUGACAAGCCCCUCCCCGCAUCGCCCCCAAGUCCAGCUUCCAAGGGACCCAAGGGGCGUAUCGCGUGCGGGUCAUGCCGAAAGUUACGGCAAAAGUGUGAUGGCCAACGACCGUCGUGUAGCCGUUGUGCGGCGACUACUCAUGAUUGCGUUUACGAGGUCGAUCAUGGCGAGACGAGGAUGCAGGGUAUCCGCAGGGCAAAUCGCCAAUUGGUUGGACAGGUCGACAAAUUGAAAACUCUCUUUGAGCUGUUGAAGUCGGCGGACAAUGCCAUGAAGGCCGAGAUCAUGGCUUGGCUGGCUGCGGACGAAUCACCGGAAGUGAUUCUGCGACGACUUAAGGAGGGCAAACAAAAACCACGAAAACCAAGAAAUGAGAGUUCCAGCGACGGGUCGAGCACUUUGUUCGACCGGAAGUCUUCACAGAGUUCCUUGCCUAGUGUCAAAGUCGAGCAGGAUGGCAACGUCAUGCUUCCGACAGGCGCAGUACCGUGGCACAUUGACAAGAUGCACUACCUUCUUGACCAGGUCGAUUCGAUAGACCUAAGCAAAGACUCGCCAUCAGCAGGAACAGAGACAGCCUUGUCACCUGAGCAAGAGGACCAAAAAUGUUCCGAGUUUCUCAAAGCCACAGUCAAGGCGAACCAAGCAAAUCAUUCGGGUCAUAUUCUCCCACCAGGCGCUGUCGAAGGCUUCGGAAACUUUCCCCUUUCGAGCGCCAUAAAAGCAAACCAUUAUCCUCCAGCAGUGCAAGCACGGCAAUUGAUGAACAUGCGAACUGAGGAGUACCGCCUACCCUCAUUCAUGACCUCCGACGGCAGCCCACUAUCGAACAUAUUCUACAGUUAUAGGGAUGCUGCGAUGGAAAUGCUCUCGAACGGUGUGCCGUCGUAUCAGGUCCUGGGGCCUCAAGAUCAGAUUGACCUCGAGCUCUUCUUCCGAGACCGACAGCCUGGGGACGCAUAUGACGUUCACUCCUGGGCCUGUGAGUUGGUGAAGAAUAUUGAAGGGUACGAUGUUUUCGUUCAGCUGGCAAGCUGCGCCCUUUACGCUACGUACAUGAGGUGGAAUAUCCUCCCCACGGCAACUAAUUACACACUAAUGCCUGAGAUGAUCCGCCCGACGAAGCACCAGCGAUUCAUGCCACAUCGUAUGAAUAUUGACCUCGUACCACAUCCUGCUAUCCGUGAUGCGCUGAUCAACAGGUUUCGAGACUGGCUUUCUCCAGGUACGACGGAUACCGGAGGUACCAGUGUUGGAUGGCCGUACAGCAUUGAGGCUGCGGUAGACAUUUGUCCUUUGACUGGGCGGAGGAUGUUGAGUCGGGCAUUCUUCGAACACGCUACCAAUGGGGGAAACUGGAGCUUGGACAAGUCGAUACGAGCCUUGUUUCCGGAGAUUGAGAGUAUGGGCUUCCACAUCAGAGACUAG